AUGCAGUUUGAGAUGCGUGGUCUCCACGAGCGGAGCACCACGUACAAGAGUUUAUGCGCCUUGCGGCGGGAAGGCUCAGAGAGCGACGAGCCGGAUUCGGAGACGAGCGCUUGGAGAGUCGAUCGGACAAUAAACAAAAAAGUAGGCCCGACUUGGGGACCGUCGACGCUUCAUCAACGUGAGCGCGGGGCUAUUAUCACCCAGCCGCCGAACCCCGCCUCUCCUGGCGGCAAACGGUGGUCCCGUUCCGCGCCAGAUCUCGAAAAGACACCUCUGCGUACAGCCCUGUUGGCGAACGCACACCGCUCCCCGCUUCUGCAGGAAAUAGGUAACCCUACCACCAGAAAAUUGUACUCCUCGGCCAAUAACCUGAUAGACAAUCAGUCAGGAUGUAGUAGCUAUAAGGAUAUACCGCAAAACUCGCUCGACAGCAUCGUGCUGGGGGGCAAGUACUGCGACAUAGGCGAGGACUUUGUCAUUUUGGACAACGACAUAUACGAGUCCGUAGUCCUGCAUAACAAAAAUUUCUCGAACAAUCUUAAGGCCCAUUUCUCGGAGGAGCCCUCAAUAAUCAACGACGAUUACCCCUUAAAAGCGGUAGGUCACCGCGCGGCCGUCACCGGAGGGGUCACAGUCUCGAAAGUUCCGUCGCCCAAGUGCCAAAAGCCGCCCGAGUGGGAGCCCUCGUACUCCACGAAUUUCGUGCAGAACGUAGCGUCCACUCUAGUGGGUACCGCAAAGCGGGUCAAGAGUAAAAAACGCGACAGGAGCAAGUCAAAGGAGUCGAAGCGCAGGGACAGUUCGGAAUCGCGGCUGGCGUCCCUGGCCGAUUUUUUCCGGUCGCCGUCCGGCUCGCGUAAGAGCUCCCUGAAUUCACCGCGUAGCGGCGAGCGAAAGAACUCGGUUACCAUCAAAAUUAACGACUACGACGGUCUGGAGUCGAGCUCCGAGAAUUCUAUCGGCGGCAAGACCCAGCAGUCCCAGCACAAGUCGCGCAUUUCCAAGAGUCUGCUGCGGGUGUUGAAUAAGAUGAAGACGUGGGGCAGCCGGGACGCGCUCGACGACAAAACCACCGCGGUUAAAGUGGAGUACAGCGUCCUGGAGAACGUCAUAUCCAUCCCGCAAUUGAGCCGUCGCGACUCGGGCGAGCAGGCGGGCAACGCCGGUGGGGUCGCGGUGCCCAGGUUUCUUGCGGUGAACUCGCGCGAGGGGAUAGACUUCGAGAGCCUCGAGUCGGAAUUAUGCAAUUUCGACUCGGAGCACUCGAACGACAGCUCGAGGUCGAAGAGCUCGUUGGGACCGUAUCAGGAAACGACGGGCUCCAGGCACAAAAGGUCGCCGAUCGCUUUCGAAUUGGACGCGUCGCCCGCGAAACCGGUCACCACCGCGUACCCGAAAGUGCCCAAAAUUAAAAUAAUGCUUUUUUCUGUUAAAAAACUACAUGGAACGGAAUACAAUAAAGAGUUCUGGGAAACCGGUCCGAACAAAACGAGUCACCAGAUCAAUCUGACAGGCGGUAAUUAA